CUACUCUUAUUUUGUCACGUUUAGUGAAGUUUCAAAUAAGUACCGAAAACACUUGGCAUACAAAACAAAUUGUUUCAAAAUUGCGUAGGGUAAAGAUUUUAGUACCAAGACACGAUUCAGAAUGGCAGAUGUCCUGGAGGAGUAUAUCACCCUGACGCCGUUGACUUGCGUGCAACAGUGCAAUGCUUUACUAGGCACCACAUUAGGAAAACCGAAAAGCUGCUUUGUAUUUUUCACUCUUUUUGGAGCUUACUGCGGCGUACUCGUUUACCGGGCAUAUCGAUCAUAUGCCUUCAAACAAGGAGGAGAUGGCGAGAAAAUAUCAGAAGGUAUUCAGAUUGAGGCUAAAGCAGAAUUCUUAAACGUAGAGCCAGGUUCCAGCCUUGUGAACGAGUUUUUUGACCGAGCGCAGCCAAUCCUGUUGCAGCCUGUCGAUUUUUCCAGCACUGACAUGAGAUGGCGCUAUUGCAGCCAAACGGCUAAACCAGAAUUCAGGCUAGGCGACUCAGAAAGUGACGAUGAAGUAGUCGAGAAAAAUGCCACUGAAGAGCUCGAAUCGAAAAGUAAUGUAGUUGAUGAAGUCGAGCCCUCAACAUCCAAUACAAAGCCUGAGGGGCAUAUGGAGAAUGUUGAUGGUAAACAUCACAAGACAACCACCUUUUCGGUGUGAAUCUCAUUGCUCAAUGGCUAGCAAAUUUAUCGUUUGAUCGAGAGUAGAAUAAAUCCUCAUUUUAGCACCCUCUUAAAA